GACCCAAACGCAUUUCAACGCAGGCGUUUGACGAGGAUUGUAAUUUCAUUCCGUGUGGUAACGAUAAGUUCCUCUUUAUCUUAUUGAACUUUCUGUGAACUGUGUGCAAGUGUUUGUGUUAUUCGAGGGCGGUGGUUAAGAAUAAUCUCAUCUCUUUUUUAUCAACAUUACAACUUAUUCUUGAAUAAGCCCCAACAUCAUCCUCCGAAUCGUAAUAAAAUGGAGUGCGGAGUUACGGGAGCGAGUUACACGAACGGCGCCUCCCCCGGUGGGGGAGGCGGUAUACUAGCAGACGUGAGGUCGGAGAGGUCACCGGCUAAAACGGGACUGCACGUUAAUUUCAAGGACAAAGGGGAAAUCAAAGAAAAAAGAGAAAAAUUUCUUACUGCCAAAUACGGACAUCACCAAAUGAGUCUAAUAAGGAAGAGGUUGGCCGUCGAGAUGUGGUUAUAUGAGGAGUUGAAGAAGUUGUAUGCGAGUAAAAAUGCUAAACAAAUAGAUGCUGUAAAUAAUGACGAAGUCGAGGUGGAUAUAGAUGAACUACUAGAUAUGGACAGUGACGAAGAACGGCGGAGGCAUUUACAGAAUCUACUUAUAGAUGCCAAGGGAUCUCAAAGUGAUAUAAAAAAAUUCAUAAAUGAUUUACUAGAUAAGGCAAAGACUCUUUAAAUUAAGUGAAGUGCCAAAAAUUAAUUCGAAUGAUUAAGAAGAAAGAAAGAUAGACACUGGCCCUCAUCGUUGGAGCCUAAGUUGCACAAGUCUUAGUGAUUUUUGUCUACAUCGAUGUUCAUUGGAUAAAAUGUGUAUACCUAUAAUCCAUCCUCGUAUUACCAAAACGAACGUUUUGAUGCAGUAAUUUUAAGAUUUUUAUGUAACAUCCAAUUAAAAAAGGCUCGAAAAUAUCAACAUUUUAUGUUCUACACCAUCUAGUACCCUUAAUUUCCAUAUCAUUUUACUUUUGUUUUGUAAAAAUGGAUGAUGAUCUGUUUGAGAGAUCAAUGUGUUCAUGAUUUGAGACGAAAACUGCAAAAUAGAACAGCAACCCGAUAAAUGAUCUACAUUCAGUAAAGGUUUUGGAUGUCAGUUCUUGAAAGAUUUUUGUACUUUUGAAUUUGUAUUCCUGUUUUAUUAUUUGUCCACAAUAAAAUUGCAUUUAGUGUAUCAUGAUACGCCCCAUAACUCAUUAGAACUUGCUUUCUCAGCAAUUGUUGCUGCCGGUCCAUGUUAUGUUGUGGUAUGGCACAAAACAUUAGUAUGACCAUUUGAAACGAUUUUUUCCAACCCUUCUUUGCAUGAUUUUUUAAAUUUUUUUAAAAUAAAUCAGGGUGAUGUAAUUAAUGCUCUAGAUUAAAGGAAAAAUAUUUUAAAAAAUCCUAGUGUAAAUAAAAAUAUGUAUUAUGUAAAAAACAAUAUGAUGGAAAUUUACAUCAUCAUGCAUUGUCACAUAUUUAGCUCAGUACUAUAAAAAUAAAAAAAAUAUUGUUUACAGAAUCUUCUUUAUUCUUUAUGAUAAUUUAAAAAACAAUUAUUAUUUUUAUUUAAGCACAAAUUGACGCCACAUUUAAUACACGAAAUUGUGGAAUAGCCUUUACAUUUGGGAAAUUUGCUUUUGGCCAAUGUUCAGCACCAUAUUUUCUUAUGUCUUUUGGAGGUGGUGGAGCUGGAGAACCUUUUCUUUUUUUUUUGAUUGUAGUUCUUCUUCUAGUAAACUGGUACUAGGACGCCCUCUUUUAGCUUCUUUGGUGGUUUCUCUGUUUCAUAGCACAAAGGCCAAUUCAUUUCUGAAUUGGCCCAUUGUAAGCAGACCCUUUUUAGGUUCACCUCUUUCUUGAGCAUUUUUUUUAUAAAUAAUCCAAGAGUUUAUAAUAGCUAGAUCAAAAAGAUGAAAAAAAAUACGCAAAUACCACUUUUUAGACCUCAUUUUUAUAUGAUUUCUGCCCAAAAAGCUAUCCAUGAGAUCUACUCCUUCCAUAUGUUUAUUGUACUCUUGGACAAUAAACGGGCAAGUAAUAUCAAUUUUUUCUUUUGUUGUCCUGUCAUAUCUAUUGACUUUAGUUACAUGCAAUGCUCCAGAAUAAGAAGAUAACAGAGUUACUAUCUUAUUAUCUUUCCAAGCCACACAACUCAAAUCUAUACCAUCAUGCACAGACACUCUUUCCCCAAAACUACCUCUGGGCACAGAUUUUUUCAUGAAAUUUUUCUUCUCUGGAAAUUUAUUAUUUGGUAUCCUGUUUUGUUGCACAGUUCCCACUGUGUGAAUUCCUGAUUUAGCUAAAAAAACUACCAAUGGCAAGAGGUAUAAAAAUUAUCAAAGUAUAUGAUGUGGUUUUGGUUUCUUGGCGCUCCUCGAAGCAAACGAACUACAACAUUUCCUGUUGCACCAAGAUCUGGUUCAUCUAGGAGUUUCUCUGUAUUCUCUUGUCCAGAAUAUACCUCAAACUUGUGGGCAUAUCCCAUCAAAUCACAGAGAACAUACAAUUUGAAGCCCCAUUUAUGGGGCUUCUUAGGCAGAUACUGUUUUAAAAAAUGCCCUAUUUUGGUAGAACACAUCUCUUCAUCCACAGAAAGUCUUUGAUUCAUUGGUACUGUGGCAAACCUCUCAUCGAGAUGCUUGAUAACAGGGCGGAUUUUAUAAAGCCUGUCAUGUUCUGGAUGGCCUAUAGGUAUGUGAAGAUCAUUGUUAUUAAAAUGGAAUGAUAACUUUAUUUUCUGAAACUUGUUUAGUGACAUUGUUGAAGAAAUGGGCUCAUAUCCAAACUUGGGCGACCAGUAUGAUCUUGUGCUAGGAAAUUUGAUUACGGACAUGUAUAAUAAUAUACCAAAGAACUUAUACAAAUCAUAUUCUGUAAAUGUUAUAGAUGAACUGGGAUUACUCUGUAUUAUAUAUAAAUUUGUCUCCUCCACUAAUGUUUUGAUAAAAUGGUUAAAACAUUGAUAUGGAGUUUCUAGGUGUGAUAGACCGCCUGAAGCAGUAGAACUCUCCAAGAAAGUAAUUUUAUCUGUAUCAUACACCGGAUUCCUUUUUUUCCAAAUCAGUCAAAUGGAAAACUGGAUGAAGACUGCAAAUUGGAUGAUGUUGAUGGGUGAGAGGAUUCUUGAUCUUCUGGUUCUACAAGAGGAGGAUCAAUGUCAGCAGUUUCAUCCACAUCAUCAUCAUCAUCAUCGUUCUCCUCCUGCAACACUCUUAUAACUUCAUCAGCAUCGCGGUUUUCAUCAUCGGAAUCUUGGUCAUCAAGGCCAUCUUCUGAGAGCCAACCGCCUUCUAGCUUACUAAGAUAAUCUUCAAUAUCUCUUUCAUUCAAGUUUCCCUAAAAAACAACAUAAAAUAAACAUUACAAAAAAAAUUGCCAUACAUUGCAAGUGAAGUUACUGCACAGUGAUGUAAAUUUCACAUAGUUUUGAGAAAUGUAUAUAAUAUAAAUUGUAUAUAAAAUAACAAAAACAUGAAAACAAAUCUUUUUUCCACACAUGUACACUUUUCUUGUAUUUUAUAUCUCCGUUUAUUUCCUUAUUAACAAUUUAAAAUAUCACUUGUUUUUUCCAGUCCCAACAAACAGCGGAAUGACAAGUUCUAAGCCUGGUAAUUGACAGUGACGUUUACUAUUUUUUGACAACUGCGUUUUGUUGUACACUAUAGUCGCUUAAAAAGUUGCCAGCAACAACAAAUUUACAGUACAAGGGUUUUGAGUACCUUUUUUUGUUGACUAAAUAUUAUGAUUAAAAUUUCCAUCAUCAUGCAAAGAAGGGUUUGGUAACGUCAAGUGGGGCACGACGGAUCUAUCUGAAGACCUAUGUGCUCAACGGUUUUACAGCCUCCCCCCCCCCACAACUAUGAACUUCUUAUUUGGUUGAUAGUUAUGUUGAAACAUUCUCUGUAAGCGUUCUCAAAAUGGUCUAAUACGGCAUAAUCUAUUAUUUGCUUGAAGAGCAUUUGGGUCAGCAAAUCUUUAAUAUUGAUAAAAAUCUGUUUCGACUCAGACCUUUCUCCAAAAACGAUGGAGUAUUUAGAUUAUAGCACGAACUCCAAUACAUGGAAAUUUGUGUAUUUUCGCGCCAUUCUAGACCAUUGGUUUAAAAUCUAGAUGGGGUUGAUUUGCAAAAUAAAAUUGAGCUUUCAUAUUCGUACAUUGCACAAUAAAAUUAAACAAUUCAUCUGGCAAAAAGGCAUCUUCACACCUUGUAAAAGAUACACACACAUCACGAUUUGGACCUGCAAUUCCAAGGAAUUCUGGCACAUUAUAAGGUCGAAUAUCUCCAAAUGGAUCGCCUAUCAUAUUCCAUGCAAGUGGAUCGUCAUCAACAGAUGAAGUGUUACUAAAGUCUGAUAAAAUUUCAUCUUUCAUCUUCACUACCAGUGAAAUUUUCACUUUCAUCGUCGGAUGUAAUAUUGUCGAACAAAAAAUCGGAGUCUGAAUCACUGUCACUCAUGUUUAGAGGAGAAUUUAUUGCAGAUAUUUGCAAAUCCGAACUUUAAUUAUAAAUAAAAACCGACAGCUUAUCGGACCAAUAAGACAUAGGAGGAGGAGGACUAUUAUACUGGAAUAUAUACAAAGUAUACAAAUAUUAUUAGUUUUUGAUAAAUAGUUUUUCACUGUAAGCAAAAAAUCAAAGUUAAAAUCAUAACAACGUAUAGUCCCAGAGCUGGCUUCAAAAAACAGGGUCGAUUAGGUGCGCGCCAUUUUAGCUUGUAAACUUAAUACAUCACCAAAUGCCAAUUCUCAAGGUCAGGACAGGUCGAAUAUGAAAAUGCCAGCCGGUUUUCUCGAACGGAAAAAUUGGCUGAAAAAACCACAUAACUUUUUUAUUAGGUUUUUGGAGUCUCAAAUAAGAGCGAUGUAAUAGUGCAAGAAGUUUUGCAGAUGAGUUUUCCGGCAUUUUCGAUCACUUCUUAAAGGGUUUACCAGCCUGCAGCAUUUCUUGCGCUAUUACAUCGCUCUUAUUUGAGGUUUAUAAUCCCCACGUUACAAAAGGUUUCGCGCCCGCACGUUAUAAGGUUUUUCAGAUGAGUUUUCCGGUAUUUUCGUUCAAUUCUUACGAGGGUUUUCCGGCCUGCAGCACUUCUUGCACUAUUACAUCGCUCUUAUUUUAGGUUUAAACGUUACAAAAGGUUUCGCGGCCGCACGUUAUGAGGUUUUUCAGAUGAGUGUUCAGGCUUUCAUUGGUGACAGAUUGACUGUUUUAUAAAUUUUUCGAUGUUUUCGAGCCUUAACAAUUAUAAAUUUAUUCGCGGCCAGUUUUGCCAAUGACAUUGUUAACCUGUUUUCUAUGUUUUUAUAUUUUAAUUUGAUUUUAGUCUGUAGGUUAUUUAUAUAAUAUGGUAACAGCUAGUCCUUAUAAUUCAGGAUAUAGGUUAGGAAUCAUAUCAGACUGCCUUUUUGAAUUUAUCAUGAUCUAUUUUCAAGCGGAAACAGUAAUUUACCUCUGAAAAGCAUGAAUGAUUCUAUCAGUGUUUAAUAAUAAACAAAAAAAUUCAUAACAGCGUUUUGUGUCAAUAAAAUUUUGGAGUAUACAGUAACCGCUGGAAAAAUCGAUUAUCAAUAUUAUGUAAUUCAUUUAAUUUUUUUUUACAAAUUACAAAUUAAAAUAUGUAAACAAUACCAAGAACGUAAACCAAAUUUUAAAUUGAUGACGUACCUUGAAAGGUAUUAAUUCAGUACCUACUGUAUUUGUAAAGAAAUACCUCGUUCAGUAGAUUGUAGUUCAUCAAUACUCGUCAGUUUUUAGAAUAUUUAGACUAUAUAAACACACCGGUGUAAUGAAAAGUAGAACAAUUUUUACAACACAAGUUUUUACUGAAAAUAUUGUAUUAGUAAUAAUUUAAUCGUAAUAAAUUUUAUUUUGUAAUUUGUCGUGCCUGUAUAUUUUAAAGCCUUGUUCACAUAUUUUUGUCAUUUAUAUUUGUUGCAUUGCUGAGAGCCAAAUUACAAACAACUGUCCUUUCUUUUUUAACUGUAGACUUUUACCAGUCUUGCUAUAUUUAACUCAAAAAACUUAGAAAUAGUGAUCAAGUGAUAGAACUCUAGACCAGUCAUACCCCAGGAUUCCGCGAAACUUCAGAAAAACACCUCUGAUUAUCAACAAUCGAUACUUUUAUUCGAUUGUUGCAAUUUAGUCGAAUCGAUCUAUUCCUCUCGGCAGUAGCGCCUUCCACCACGCGUCACUGCUCACGCGUUCAUUUGUUAAACAAGUCCGAACAUACAAAAUAAGUAUCGAUAUUUGUCUCGAUAUAAUAUAUCGAUACUUUGAGAUAUAUCGUAAGGGAUUUGUAUUUAACUAAUAUAAAAUAUUGAAUAUCAGAUAGGGUUCAAGUUAAUUUGAGUAUAAACAGAGUGCAGAAACAAAUCAACUUUAUUUAUUUAUAAAUCCCAAUCCCAAAUCCCAAUAAUUUUUCUAUAAACUUUGCAAAAACAAAAUUUUAGUAACUCUUUUGUAGUCUGCUCCUCUGCAAAGUUUAAACCUUUGCGGCUUUUGACAAAAGUCGUACAGAUGGAACAGAGCUGGCCACCAUUGUUAAAUAUUCAAAUGCUACAUUAUAAAAACUUUGGGGACUGUACUCACACUUCUAAUGGGUUUUCGUUUAAUCUACUAACUGGAGCCCCCAAUUCCGCAGGACCAGUUUAUGGUGAUUACUCCAAAGACUAUAACUCGAUGGAAAACUGAUUUUGCCGGAAGUGUCCGAGUCAGAUUCUGUAGUAGUACAUAAUUCAUCCUGCUGGGUUUUUUAAACGUACAGUAAUCUCCCGGUUAACGGAGCCUGUCCUUCAAAAAUAACAUACAUAAAUAAAGGUUUCAAUAGCGAGACAUCUACGGGAGCCGCGAGGAUUAUUUGUUUAUAAAGUAACAAUCGCGGUCGUUGACAUAGACGGACCGUACAAAAAAGCGCCAGAACCUGAGUGAAUUAGUCGAACUGUCCAAUGAGUUACCCUUUGAAGAUCAAAUCAACAGCGAAGACAUUCGUGAUUGGUGCAAUCAAGAUGUUCAGAUGAAGAUUACCGAAGAGGAAAUCAUCGAUAUGGUAACUGGUGUUAAGCACAGUGAAGAAGAUGACAAUAUGGACGAGAUGAAUCCCAAAAUAUUAUACACCGACGGGCUGAAAGCGAUCGACGCUGCUCAUGCGACAUCCCGCGUCUCUACAGGCGCAAAAUUGCAACGUCCAAGCGAGAGAAUAUGUUAUCUCAGAAGACGAUCAAAGACUUUUUUACGAAAUAAUCUAUGUUUCCAUCUGUUUACAGGUCUGUAAUUGUGAUUAUUAUAUGCUUUUGCUUCAAAUAAACCAGUUUUGUAACCUUUCACGGAGUUUUACGUUUUUUUUUUACCAAAACUGAACUUAACUUUCGGAUUAUCCUAGUUUUCCCGUAUCCGAGAUGGUCCCGGUUCCAAUUACCUCUGAUAAUCGGGGGUCUACUGUAUCAUUAACUUUACUAACGGCAAUGCAAGGCAACAGAACGCACGAUAACACUGAAAAAGUAGUAAAAUCCAGUGGUCACAAUGGCGUUAAAAAUGUUGUUUGUCGUCCAGCUUCCAUAUUAGUAUUGCAAGUUCAUGAUUCUGAAUCAUCCUUUAUUAAAUUAUGUCAAAAUCGGCCGACUUUGAUCCUUGUACUGUAAAUAAAGGAUAUUUAAUACGGUGAAUGAAACAAUUUGUAAAGUUUUGUUGGUACUAUUGGAAUUGAUUUGCGAAAAUGAUCUUUUGUUGUAUUGUUAAUGUAGUAGUAACAUAAAAAGCUUCCACACACGGUUGAAUGUUAUAAACAGAUGUUUUACUUCCGCAGUUACCGCCUUGAAGUACUUAAAAUCGUUAAUACUUCAGUUGCUGGUCUAUAUUGUUUAAAAGGGCCAUUUUAUGUUUUUACCUAAUCGCAAAAAGAAGAUCAAGGAAAAAUGGUUAUACACAAGAAUAGUUCACCAAUAGGAUUGCUCAAUAAACUGAAUGUGUCUGCCAUGUGCGUGCGAAAAAUCGCCAUACGUGACGUCACCUGCAGACCUCGACCGGUCUUAACUCUUUGUUGAGCUAGACUAUUUGAUGAGUUUAAAGGCCAAUUUUAACAAAAAUACAGUUAUUUUUUUAAGUUUUAUUCAUUAUUAUGAAUUAAUAUUAAUUUAAAAUCCAAUUUCCAAUUAUUCAGUUAAUUUUAAGUUCCAUUUAUAAUAGGUAUACAAUGAAGAAAAGAAAUUAAAGAAAAUAAAUUAUUUUUUAAAAUGAUCUGUAUUUUAUAAUUAGUAAAACAGAAGCCAUUAACAAACUUUAAACUAAAAAUUAAAAAGUAAAAACAAA